GUGCGUAACUUUGUCCUCUGACCUGCUUACCCGACGCUAGUGGUACUGCGGCCGUGUCCUGCUCUCAGAUUGUGUGUGACCUCGUCUUUCGAACUUCUUAGCAGACGACACACCGACAAUCAUUAGUGCACUGGCGAUUCGAGCACGAGGGUAUACGAAUGGUGCUCGACUAUUUGACCAUCCUUGCCCAAUCGACUCACGCGCUACUUGGCCUCGGCUCCUGGAGCACCCUCAAUCUUGUGAAGACCGAAGAUGUUAUAAAGGUUAGCAAUAUGCCUGAUGCCAACGGGGAGGAGGAAGAGUUCGAGGACGGCUGGGACUGCAUUGAUGUUACUGACCAGUAACUACUUGUGUGUGUGUCGUAAAGUAUAAUGCAUUUUUUUGACUACUGACCUAUGGUGGUCCCCAAUGAGUCUGGGUGAGGUAUGAAACCUGUACCC